AGGCUUGGUGUACGUAGUAAAGUUGUAGUCAUAGACAUUCAAAGAGGAACGUGACCUAAGAAAUCUCUUGAAGUUUAUAUUUUAUUUUUUUAAGCUUAGAAAGGUUUCGUAGUCGUACCGGCUAAGAUUAAAAUUAAAUGCUUACUAUUAAACAUACUUUAUGACAGUGCUGGUAUGUAACCGAACUUCCAAAUUCUGCAUGCACAAGUAAAAUGACUACAACAGAAGGAAUACAGUAUCACGAACAGAAAGCUCGCCCCUAUCAAGCAAUACUGGAAGAAAUAGCAAGUUCAAAAAAUACAAUAAUUCAUUUGCCUACUGGUUCUGGAAAAACUUUUAUUGCUCAGAGGCUUAUAAAAAAGUUCCGUAACCAAUUAAAAAAGCCUUGGGGAGAAGGUGGGAAACGCAGUUUCUUUCUUGUAAACACAGUUCCGUUAGUAAAUCAACAGAAAAAUGUAAUUGAAAUGAUGUGUCCCGUCGACGGUGUUGGUGCCUAUAGUAGCGAAGAUGGGGUAGACUAUUGGAAGAAAGCCGAUUGGGACUCUGAAUUGGCACGAAACCAGGUAAUUGUAAUGACCUCUCAGAUAUUAAGUGACAUGCUUACACAUGCAUAUAUAAGAAUCGAGGAUAUUAAUCUGAUUAUAUUUGAUGAAUGUCAUCAUGCUGUGGAAGACCAUCCAAUGAGAGUUAUAAUGAAGCACUUUUUGAAUUGUAAAGCUCACGAACAGCCCAGAGUUCUAGGUUUAACGGCGACAUUAUUGAAUGGGAAUGUAUCAAUAUCUAAGAUCGAGGAAACACUUAAGCAGUUGGAAAACACGUUUCAUGCAACCAUCGCAACUGUUGAUGAUCUUGGUGAAGUUAUGACUUACUCUACCAACCCCCAGGAGUUUAUACAGUACUUCAGGAAGCCUCAAAUGUCGGAAGCAGCUAAGGAAGCGAUAAGUUUACUUAAUACGCUACAAAAUCUUGUGAUGAGUGUUAAGUUGCCUGUCUCUCUGCCAUCAAAAGAUUUUAAAAAGACACCAUGCCAACGAGAUAUUUCGAACGACCCUAACAAGAUUGUGAAGGCGGUAAAAAAUCUUAUAGUAGGAAUGAUAACAAAUCUCGAAGAGAUGGGUUUGUAUGGUGGAUCUUUGGGUAUUCUGGCGUACAUUGUCUUGUUAGAAAGAUUAAAACGUAAAGCAUCAACAAAAGAGGAAAAUUUGUUGUAUUCAACUGUCAUCACCCAUUCCACAGAAGCUCGCAUGAUACUCUUGGACGCCAUGGAAAACGAGACUGGGUACGAUAAAAUAAUAAAACAUUCAUCGGAAAAGAUUUUACAAUUGAUUGACUUGCUGAAGGAAUAUAACCCUUUGAUAUUGGAAAAGCCUGGAGAAUUGUUGAAAGUAAACCACUCAAGAAAACCUCUCUGUGGAAUAAUUUUCACGAAACAAAGGUUUACUUCAAAGAUUCUGUAUAAUAUCUUAAUGGACUUGAAAAAAGCUAGACCGGACGAGUUUGAAUUUUUGAAACAUGAUUUUGUUGUCGGCUUCAGUAUCAAUCCUUUUAAAAGUACAAGGGAAGAACAUUAUUUAAAAAAAUCAUCCCAAAAAGCCAUUUUGGGAUUUAAUAACGGAGACCUGAACUGUUUGAUAUCGACGAGCGUCAUCGAAGAAGGCUUGGACAUACCUCAGUGUGCGUUAGUUGUCCGAUACGAUGCGCCAACCGAAUAUCGAUCUUAUAUCCAAAGCAAAGGUCGUGCAAGAAGUUCUGAAGCCAGUUUCGUUAUACUCGUUGAUAUUGAAGACAAACAGUCGUUCUUAAUAAAAUACGACGCGUUCCAAAAAACCGAAGAACGUAUUCGUAAUCUCAUAGUCGGCGAUGACAGCCGCGCCGCUCCCACAACUCAAGACAUUCAUGAGAACUUGUAUGAUGACGACGAGGUUCCCCCAUACGAAACGUCUAAUGGCAAUAUAUUAUAUUCCGUAUCAGCAAUUAGUUUACUAAGCCGGUAUUGCUCGAUUUUACCACACGAUCAAUUCACAACGAUCACUCCGGUUUGGUUGCAAGAGGUGGUUGAAAACGGAGCUAAAAAACAGGUCACCGUCAUACUUCCCAUAGGAUCCCCCGUCAAAGAAGAAAUUAAGGGUGACCCGUACUCAAAUACGAAAACCGCUAAACGCUCCGCUGCACUGAAGGCGUGCAUUAAGCUACAUGAAUUGGGCGAACUUCAUCCGUUAACAUUACUCCCGUACAAAUACGCGGAAGUUGAUUACGAACGAGAUGACAUACGUGGCUGCUUUCCGAACUGGACUAAAGAUUGCGAGACCGAGAUCAAAGAGAAUGUACCCAAGCCUGGUUCCAAGAAACGAAAACGAAAGCAUAAAAUACAGUUCCCGUCACACCUAGACGCAGUACCAGAUAGUUCGGUAUUCUAUCUUCACGUAAUAAAAAUGGAGGCGGCAUUCGAGAAACCCAACGAUAAUCGUGAAAAGGCUUUGUACGAUUUUAUAAAGAGAAACGAAUGCUACGGGUUUUUGACGCAGAAGCCUUUGCCUAAACUGUGCGAGUUCCCAGCGUUCACGUCCGUUGGAGAAAUCACCACGUCAAUAGAAGUCAAUUACGCAGUUAUAAAACUGACCCCGAUUAUAUUCGAGCUAGUGAAGCAAUUCCAUUAUUUUCUAUUCGACCAAAUCUUGGCGAUCAAUAAGAAGUUUCUGAUAUUCGAGGGAACUAAAAACUGCAUGUACGUUGUCCCGGUACUGGAACAUAAUGGAUACAACAUUGACUGGGCAACAAUGCAGACUCACCACACGGUGCCACCGGUCGCCGCGCCUUCAGUUGAGGAAAGAAAAUCGCUGGUAGUCACAGAAGAAAACUACACGAAUUGCAUUGUAACGCCCUGGUAUCGCGGGACUAUUCUACCUGAACGGUACGUCGUGACGAAGGUUCUCGAAUACAUGACGCCGAAAUCUCAAUUCGAUGCUGACUGCUAUGAAUCGUAUGCAAAUUAUUAUGCAAACAACUAUAACUUGGAUAUAUUAGGAAGUGAAAGUCAACCACUGUUGGAGGUACGUAACAUAAGCACGCGGAUGAACUGCCUCCUACCCCGAGCAGCAACGCUCAAAGCGUUCACAGACAAGCAGCUGAAGAUGAUAUCGAUUGCGUUCGGCGACGAUAAACCGAAGGGAUUUGCAGAGAUAUUUAUACCGGAAUUCUGCAUUAAAUACGAUUACCCAGGAGUACUGUGGUAUAAGGCAACGCUACUGCCCAGUAUUAUUCACAGAGUUCACAUGUUGUUAGUGGCACAUGAAUUGCUCGUGGAAAUAUCAAACGCCACUAAAUACGGGCAACCAAUUUUGAAAAAAACGGAAUCAUUUCAACCGAUACAAGUGGACCGGUAUAUAGCCAUAAAUUCAUUAUUGUCCCAAGUUGAAGAACCACUUCAUGUCCACACUAUUGACAGAAUACACAAAGGCACAGAUGAUUGUUUGAAGAAAGUUGUACCGUUAAAAAAGAGCUUAUAUAAACUGCAAAGAAAGAAAAUCGACAAAGAGUACCCCUGGGAUCAACGAAUCGAACCCAUCGACGUAGAGCGUAACUUGUCGACCAUCACGUUAAUGGACAUAGAAUGUUACGACGAGUUUGUGUCGGCUCCGAUAUCGUCUGCAUCGAACAACCCUUGUUCCCCGCCGAGAAUCGUUCCUAAGGCCCCAGCUAUAGCACCGCCGCCCAUCAAGUACGUUGAUAAAAUCGAAAUAUUAAAGAAGACGCCGACCGGGCGAGGUCCGGAACUGAGAGACGUGCUCGCCGCGCUCACCACGAUCAACUCAAACGACACCUUCGAUCUGGAGCGACCGGAGACACUGGGGGACUCGUUCUUGAAGUUCGCCGCCAGCCUGUACCUGCACCACAAGUUUCCGAACAUGAACGAGGGUCAACUAACGAACAUCAAGGGCAAGCUGAUCAGUAACAGGAAUUUAUAUUACGCUGGUGCGAAAUUCAACUUGGGUGGACGCAUGAAGGUGGAGCAGUUCAGCCCUAGAAGUGACUUCCUCGUCCCAGGUUUCUUUGCGCCCCCUAAAUUGGAAGAAUUUAUUGAACAAAGACAAAUUCGUCCAACAUUCUUAAUCGGCAUACAGUUCACCGAAGAGGAAGUAAUGACCGGUGAAUUAAGUGAAGAAAGCUGGGAAUCUGUGAUGAAUAAUUUCCAAAAUGGCAUCGCUGAGGCAGAACCCGAAGGCUGUGCCCAAAAUUCUAUGCAAUGCUAUGUACAUUCACAAGCAGUUGCGGACAAAUCUAUAGCCGAUUCCGUGGAAGCUCUGAUCGGCACAUAUCUACUUAGUGGAGGGAUAUUAGCAGCUGUAAAACUACUUGAAUGGAUGGAGGUGUUUCCGCCACAGGAUAACUUUGCAGACAUGCUCCACAAGCCGGUGCAAACACCGUUAUCGAAGAAUUUAGCUACCGAAGCUGAUAUUGACUUUUUACUAAACAAUUCGAGAACUGAUGUCGAAAAGAUCCUAAACUACACGUUCAAAGAUUCAACCUUCCUGCUAAACGCUCUGUCUCACUCGUCGUACAUCCGGAACAGGCUGACGAGCUCGUACGAGCGCCUCGAGUUCCUCGGGGACGCCAUAAUCGAUUUCCUGGUGACGUCACACAUCUUCGAGAACUGUCGCGAACUGAAGCCCGGCGAAAUGACUGACCUGAGAUCCGCCCUCGUCAAUAACGUCACGUUCGCGGCCUACACCGUCAAACUUGGAUUGCACAAGUACCUCUGCUCGGAGCUGAACCCUUCGUUGGAGAAGGCGAUAAUGAAAUUCGUCGAACAUCAAAUAGAAAGAAAUCACGAGAUUGAGUUCGACGUUCUGUUACUUAUCAGCGAAGUCGAUUGUCAAGUCGCUGAAUAUGUUGAUGUGCCGAAGGUGUUGAGCGACAUUUUCGAAGCAUUAGUCGGCGCCGUGUACUUGGACUCGGGCGGGAAUCUGGAGACGGUGUGGUCGGUUCUGUACAAGAUAAUGCACGUCGAGAUCGAUUCGUUCUCGAAACGCAUACCGAAGCAGCCCGUCAAAAUUCUAUACGAAAUGAUACACGCUUGUCCGGUUUUCGAAAAACAAAUAGUCGUCAAUCCGGACAUCCCGAAGGUAAUGGUGCCGGUUUCGUUCACGAAGAACGACCAGCGUCUCGCCGCCUACGGAGUCGGCGUCAACAAAUCGCAAGCGAAGAGGGCCGCCGCGAAAUUAGCUCUCAAAAUAUUAGACUCUUAAUUUCCAACGGAACGUUAUUCACAUAGACAUAUAAGAAAUAGACAUGUUAUAAUAUAUUCGAUGCCUCCAAUGAACACUACUCUAACACAAAAUUUUUUAAUUUUCGUUUUUCACUCAAUUUGUUUCACUAUGUUAAAAGUAUUACAAUUAAUCAUUAUUGAUGGGGUUCGAAGCAAGAGUAAAUCAGCUAAUUACACAAAAAAAACGUUAAUAUAUAUUUUUGUUUAAACGCUCCUCCUGUAAACCUACGAAUUUGGAGUUAGCGUAGUGUUCAUUGGAGGCAUCUAUAUUAUAGUUUAUAUUUAAAAAAAAAUCCUAUGUUUGUUAAGAAAAGUUUAGCCGUGUAACUUCCAGCGCCUAGCUCUAGAGACCGGUGUUAGUGUUACAAGUCAAUAUAAAAACAAAAAUAACAUUGGAUAUUCGUUUAAUCUAAAAAAAUAAAAUCAUUACGUGUAUGUUUGUCCUGUAUGUGUUCUUAAAGCAUUUAUCCGAUUUCGAUAAAACUUGGUGCAGUUGUCAUUAACACUGUCGGGUUUCUGUUGACGUACAACAGGUGACGCGCGAGUACGUUCAAGAAAUCGCUGUUUUUAAUACAAUUAGCGAUAGGACCGGGUUCCACUUAUUAUCUACAAAAACUAUUCAGAAAUUUUUAAUUUUAUUUUUUUAAAGUGCAUACUUAUUUUUAAUUUUAAAAAAAGAUAUAUUGUGAAUCUGUGUAAAAAUUAGAAUAUUACGCGAUUGAUGGGUAAUAAAAAUUCAUGAACUAUUUUCGUUGAAAAAAAUAUUACAAUUCUAUAAUUACUUAGGUAUUAUUUUCUAUUUUAAUUUUCAUGUUUUAAAUAUGCAGAUGAACCGUUGCUUCAUUCCGAUGAUAAUGCAAUUGAGAAUAUUAUCUCUUCUAGAGAGUUGUCACAAAGUAAUGUUUUUUUACAUUCCUGUAAUUUUCCAUUUAGAAUACCAUGUUAAGAAGGAAGGAGUUCUUAAAUAUCGAGAAUGCUUCGAUGUAUUUUAAUUCAAAACAAUAACGAAGUUGAGAUUAAUAUAAAAAGAAAAUUGGACAAUAUAUUUGUAUAUAUAUAUAAUACUACAUAAUAUUUCAUUUUCCAAAUAAUUUUUAUUACAAUUUUAUUCCGUGUUUUAUUUUUCGUGUAAAUGUUUAUAUGUCAAAAUUAUUUUAUAAUUAUGAUAAUGAUUAUGAACAUUUCUAAGUAUUUUUUAAUGUAAUUAUUAUUAAAAAUAUAUAGAUAUAAAUGGUCGUGAGUCUCUCUGCGAGCAAAAUUUGCAAUAUUUAUUUUUAAUCUAUGGUAUUGUUUGUGGUCUGAUGCUGUGAAAUGAAAUUUGCGUGAGCUCCAAGUGUCGGAUUGGUAAGGUGUUGCGCAGUGCUAGUAUGAAUGGCGACGUUUAUUGUGGGAGGCCAAGACACACUUCGAGGUCAUAGCGCCAGCGCAGUAGUAGCAGUAGUAGCAGUAGUAGUAGUAGUGUCCAAGUUUAAACUUCGGUUUCGGUGAAUACAAACCUCAACAACUCUCUUGUCUAUCUCCUAUAAUAUAAAAAAACUGGUCGUUACUAUUAUUUUCAAUUGGAACCAUAAUCGUUACAUGAGUCGACUAUUAUCAAAGGCGGCAAUCUGACUUUUGGACAAUGAUUGGUAAAUCAGAAAAACGAAUUAUUGACUUUGUAUUCCAUUGGCAGUCACAAAACUCUUCAGAACGACAUCUUAGAUAAAUAACAGGUUAACUAUUAACCUUUAUUUAAUGCAGGUUUUGAACCGUAUUCUUUGAAGGAGACGAUUAUAUUCAAAUAAAUCUGUAUUGACAUAUCAAUAAAAAAAUUUUGUCCAAAUGUACAGAUUGCCGCCUUUGAUAAUAGACGACUCACAUAUGAGUAAACGAAUUAAAAAUCAUUCGUUUGUGUGUAUAUUUACUACAUUUUAAGGCACUAACAAAGACUGAGUUGUUUAAGUCGUUUUUCUCACAUGCAUUAAGAGCUAUAAAUCAAAUUGUCAUUUUCAUUUUCAUCUGUAUCCGCUUAAUACAUAAGAUAUCUUUUAGUGUGUCAGCUAUAAACGAUACACAACAAAAGCACAUCGACGUGUGAAAGGGCUAUUCGGUUUAAGCGAAAUUUUGCUUAAUACGCAACAUUUAUCUUUGUAACUAUAAAUUCGAUUUAUUUUGUCUUAGCAUCAACAGUUCGAUGUUAUGUUAUUGCAUAGCUUUUAUCGCGGGCUUUGAGCGCGGCGACCGAAUCAAGAAAUUCCGUAACGAAAAUAAAACCUAACACCCCCACUCCACCUACUGGGUAGCUCGCGUUCAACACAUUCACACGUUGCGCUGUUUAGUGUUUGUGAAUAAGCGCGCGGCAUGACGUCGCACGCAUGCAUCAUGAAAAGUCUGCCCAUCUCUCUCUCGCGCGGUCUAGCUCAUGAGUGUGAAGGGGACAGUUAAUGUUUUGCUUUUGUUAAUGUUUAUAAAUAUAACGUGGUCUUAUUAUUGUUUUAAUAUAAAAUUGUUUAUUGUCUAAUUAUAAUUGCAUAAGUUGAUAAAAAAUGCUAUGCAAUAGCUUUACCGCGGCAGUCCCCGAGUGCCACACGAUUUAUUUUAUUUAAACCUUUAAUUAAGCUUACUCCAUUCAAAUAGCUGGAGAAGUAUUUUUGUUAUGAUAUUAUUUCCAAAUUUUAAACUUUAAACGUCUCUUGUAAAGUUGCAAAAAUGUCGCUUAAACCAAAUAGCCUUUCACUCUUGGACAUUAUUAUUAGGAUUAGUAAAAAAUCGUCUUCACAAUAGUAUCCCGGCACAUAAGGGGUUGAAAACUGCAUAAAAUCAUUCAAAACUAGAUUAUUUAACAAUAUUACUGACAAUUUGUUUUUUGCUUAGGGGGACCCUGUGGCCUAGCACCCACGAUUUGACAGUAUCUUUUUUCUGAUCUAUUAUUUCUUAAAAAUUUAUGAAAUGUUUAUUUAUAAAAAAAUGUUAUUUUAACACUCGCGUAUAAUUCAGUCUGCAAGUUAAAUCGAUCAUUUUAGCUCAAGGGGCAUUAGCUAUCUCAAACACCAAAAAUUAUACUAAAUACAAUAAUAGUUACUACUUUCUUAUUAUUAUUUCGUGGACAGAUAUUUUUCAAAAUAAGAGUACAAAUUGAUUACACCUAAACCUACUACUCUACAUUCUCAUUUCACCACAAUUUUACAGUAUAUUUAAAACUUUAUUUUUUUAUUUUUAGAUCACCGGGUCCUCCCAAUAAAGCUUUUUUCAAAUUACCAAAAAAAACAGUCGCCUCUCUAUAAUAGUCUCGUUUAUAUAAAAUAUAGUGACGACAAAAGACCUUUGCCGGAUAUUAGUGUAAAAUUUUAAAAAUAUGAUUAUGAUUUAUGUACCUAUUAGAAAUACCCUCAUAGAAACAUUAUAAUUUAAAAAAGUUUCGAAAAGUCAUAUUAUUAUGCAUUGCGAGUAUUCUCUAUCCGAAUACAAAAUCAUGAAAUCGACCAUUUGAAAUGUUAAAACCCGUACACAGUCGCAUCUCAAAAUAAAAUAAAAAAUAAGUGUCACAAAAAAUAGAGUAUAAUUAUAAUUAUAUCCAUAGAAAUUCAAUGAAAUUUAAUUAUUUGACAGUAACUAGACAGGUUUUUUUUUGUGGAACAUUGAACUAAGUUUUAUUUAAAAUAUUUAUUUUUGAAUCGAAAUUAAUAAUGAAGGACUGCCUGAUGUAGUUCCGAUAUUUUUAGCAUCUAUUUCAGAAAAAUAUAGUAGGUAAGAAAAUAUGUAACAACGCAUUUCCUUAAUUUUAUCUUACAAUUUCGAUGUUACUGUCGAUAUCAAUUAUUUAGGAUAAAUAUUUUUUCUUAAACUAAUGUGUGUUAUUUCACAUACUUUAUGAUACAGGACAUUAGUUAUAAGCGCUUUGGAACGAUUAUGAAGGUAUUUUUAUAAAAAAAUUACGUGUUUUAUAUUAUGUUACUAUAUUUUUAUGUAGAUUAGAAAUUAUAAUUAAUUAUAUUAAUUUAAUGAAUUGAAUUUUAUGAAUUUCCUUCACAGUGUUAAUGCUUCGACCUCUUGCCCAAAGGUGAGUGUCGAUAGUCGUUCGUGUGUUCUCCGAUAACCAUACUAGUUAGACCGUGAGCACAUUGGCCAAUUUAUUCAUCAAACGUAUAAAAAUGAGCGAAUGUUUCAUUUGUAAAUUUCUUUUUUAUUUUAUUGCUUAUAUUAGUGCACGAGCUCACCGUCUACCUGGUGUUACCGGAGCACCACACCAUAAAAUAAUUUGGCAAUAUUACGUGUGAAAUUAAAUGUCUAUAAAUAUAUUCUAAAACCAUAA